AUGUCCAGCCAGGACGCCGCCAUUCCCUUGACCCAUGCCCCGGACGGCCGCGGCUACAAGCUCAUGGAGCUGCCCCCCGAGCUCGAGGCCCUGCUCACUGCCGAAGAUGCCCCGGCCAUCACACUCACCUCAACCCCUGCCUCGGCGCUGCUCAAGACGCCCGACAAGACUUACAAGCUCCUGCAGAAGAACACUUCAAACUCCUUGAUUCUCCUCACUCCACAUUCCUCAGCACCAUCCGCCUCGGAAAUGCCCACCCAGGGUCUCGGCGCGAUUGCUACCAUCCACGAGACCACGGAGCUUGUCGCUCAGACGGAACCCCAGACCAUUUCCAACCUCAAGAAUACUGGCAGCAAGGGCAAGUGGCAUGAGAAGUUCGGGCGGGGGCGGUAG